AUGGAAAACCUACGCGGCAAAGCUUUUCGUCACGUGAUCAUUACCAUCGGACUGCUUCUUCAUCUCCACCACCAGGUGGCAUUGCAAACAGUGCCACUUACGCAACCGUAUUCGGGGGAAUGCGAGGAAGAGGAUACAAUAAUAGGCGAAGAACCUAUAGCGCUUCUUUGCCGAAAUAACGAAACUGACAUAGUACAUAACAGAGCCGAACUUCAGCUGGACGUUGAUCCCGGUGCCUUUACAUGUGGUCUUGACGGCUCCGAGGAUUUCUGUACAUUGGCAGUCGUGUCUGAGUGUGAUCGGUGUGCUAAUCAAAAUGCCUAUAAGCGGCACGUGAAAGAGAUGAUGGUGGAUAAUCUUGGCACUGAGACCUGGUGGCAAUCGAUAACAUGGAGCAAGAUAUAUCCCAACCCUCUGGAGAUAAAUGUCACAUUUACAUAUGGCGACAAGCUGUAUGAGUUGGCAAGUGAUAUUGAAAUCACAUUCCAAUCUGCGAGGCCACGGACGAUGGUGUUGUGGUCGUCAAAAGACAAUGGUAUCACCUGGGAUCCAUUACAGUAUUACUCUAGCAACAGGUGUCCCACGUUUGUACGGACACGUGGCGUGAAGACGUUUUUCUCACGCGCUGACCUGGCAGCAGUAGUUUGCACUGACAAGUACAGUAGUGUGCUGCCAUCUAGUGGAGGUAAAGUAAUAUUUCCCCUAAGUGAACGGCUAGACUUGGUGCGUCGAGCUGGAGGAAGUACAGCCCUUUACAGUGAACUGGCGAGAAAUGAUGCUCUACAGAAUUUCACAUUGUUCAAUGUUCUCCGAAUACAACUGCUGCACCCAGCAACUGAUGGUAGGGAGAUCUAUGGUGGUGACCCCUCCACAUACCUCAAGUAUUAUUACGGAAUCUCUGACAUAGAGGUAACAGCCCGUUGCUGGUGCAAUUUGCAUGGGAAAUGCAUCGACGUUGGAGAUAGAGAAGCGUGCCAGUGCAAGCACAAUACGGCUGGCACUAACUGUGAGCGCUGCCUUCCAAUGUUUAAUGAAUUGCCAUGGAGACGAGGAAGCUACUUGCCUUACCCCAUUGGCACACCAAAUGAGUGCAUGAGGUGCAACUGUAACAACCAUGCACAGACAUGUGUCUUCAACCCUCUUACGAGCAGUGGAAGAUGUCUUGACUGUACAGAUAAUACUACAGGAGAAAAGUGUGAGAAGUGCUUACCCGGUUACUAUAGAAAUGAGACUGCAGCACUCAACUCUUCUGAAGUCUGUCUGCAGUGCGAUUGUGAGUCACUUGGCACCCUGGAUCCCAACGCCACUUGCUUGACAGAGUCGAACGCUCUGACAGGCCAGGUGUCGGGACAGUGCAUGUGCAGACGUGGAAUCGUCGGCCAGCGAUGUGACCUCUGUGGGGACGGAUUCUACGGGCUGCUGGUUGAACCGGACAUUGGAACAUGCAAGGCAUGUGCGUGUAACCGGCAUGGUACGGUGGAUGCUAGCAAUGUCUGUAACAAGACGACUGGACAGUGCAAUUGCAAGCCUGGCAUUACCAAUCGGGCAUGCGAUCAGUGCAAAGAAGGUUACAACUCAUUCCCGUUUGGAAGGCUUACAGGGGAUUGCACUGCAUGUGGAUGUGACCCAGGAGGUUCUUUUGGGCUCUCGUGUGAGCCAAGGCAGGGCCAGUGCAAGUGCCGCAAAAACUUCAUUGGCCAGCGAUGCAACCAGCCAAGGAUAGGCACUUUCACUCCCUCAUUAGAUGCAUUCUCGUUUAAACCCAAAGACACAGAUUGUCGGAACACUUCAGCUCUGCGCACCCAGCGGAGGUACACUGAUCGCUAUUUCCACGUGUGUGAACAGCAGCAGUUCAUGGGUUUCGGUACCAUUCAGGGCCUCCGCCAACUCGCAGCCGAGUGGUAA